AGAGUCAGUCCACAGUGAGGAGACAUGACGAGUGCAGGAGUCUUCAUGUGGACGCUGGUCGCUCUGACGACAGCGGAGACAGCCAUGCUCGGGAACAAUGGGAGGGUAAAACGUUCACAUUUCUCUUCCUCUUCUUCUUCCUCGUCGUCUUGGUCCUCAUCGUCUUCAUUCUCCUCCUCCUUUGAAAAUUCAGAUGGACUCUGUCUUCACGGAGGUUCAUCAGUUCCGUCGUUGACGAGCGGUGAACACAUGUUCUGUUUGUGUGCUGAUGGGUUUGAGGGAAGCCGCUGUGAAACAGUGAAAGGAGGUCAGUGCUACGAGGGCGUCGGCCUCUACUACAGAGGCUCAGAGUCUAAAUCAGAGAGUGGACUGACCUGUGAGACAUGGGACACCGACAUCAGGGAGCGUUACCUGUCCUCAGACGUCAACGCAGGGAGACACAACUACUGCAGAAACCUUUUCUACCAACGGCGUCCGUGGUGUUACGUGUGGAGGAACCAGCAGCUGGUGAGGGAGUACUGCACUAUCCCGCGCUGCGGCUCAGACUCACCUCCGCCUUUACCUGCACCGACCGAGCCACAGCCAGCUGCAGAGUGGACAUGUGGUCAGCGCAGCAGACAGAAGCUUCUGAAGAUCGUUGGUGGAAAAGUUUCCACGGUGGAAUCUCACCCGUGGAUCGCUGCCAUAUUUGUGCGCAGCAAAUCCAAGGAGAAGGUUUUCCGCUGUGGCGGGAGUCUGAUCUCCGCCUGCUGGGUCCUCACGGCCGCUCACUGCUUCCCUCAAGGCUCCCACGACAAACCGCGGCGUUUCUCUGUGACCCUGGGGAAGAACGCUCUCAACGAGACGGACCGGACUGUGGAGCAGAACUUCAGGGUGGAGAAAAUCAUCGUCCACGAGGACUACGACAACAGUGAGGGCAACUUUAACAACGACGUGGCCCUGAUGAAGCUGAAGCCCAGACGAGGUAAAUGUGCAGCGGAGAGUAAAUCGGUGAAGAUUGUGUGUCUGCCAUCGCCUCAGCAGAUCAUCCAACCCGGCGUCACCUGUGAGAUCGCAGGAUACGGGAAAGAGAAACAGGGUCUGUGGUAUAAGUCUCAGUAUCUCAGAGAAGCCUGGGUGAACGUCUUCGCCGACGACGUGUGUCGACACAAGGACUAUUAUGAAAACUUGAUCACUGACAACAUGUUUUGUGCCGGGCAACUCGACUGGAGCCAGGACGCCUGCGAAGGAGACUCUGGAGGGCCUCUGGUGUGCGAGCUGGACGGCAGGCUCUUCCAGUUCGGGAUCAUCAGCUGGGGCGACGGCUGUGCCAAGGAGUUGCGACCCGGCGUCUACGCCAAAGUGACCAACUACAAGCAGUGGAUCGAGGAGAAGACGGGCCUCAGGGUCGGAGCCGCGCUCCCACAGAAGUGAACGUGAAGCUGCUGUCGCUUUUAAAUCUAUUUUCUCAGUUUUGACACAUGGAGACACAACCACAAUCUACAUCAGUUUAAGUCUACGAUGUCCACGUCUUUAUCUCACUGUGAGACAGACUUUUCCAACAGGAAACUGAAGUUUGUAAACCACUCACUCUCCCACACCAAACCUCAUAGAGAAAAUCGGGGAUUUUAGCUGCGGGGACACAGGAGCUGCUGGUCCUCUGCUGCCUCGUGUGGUCACUUUGCGUCACUGAGUUAAGGUUAAAUGAAAUAUUUCAAAUGCCAUAAAAUAAGACAUUUGAACUUAGUGAUGGAGGCAGCAGUGGAUCAACAACUCCUGGGUGUGUGAUGUUAAAAUCACUGGUUUUCUCUAUGGGGUUUGGUGUGGGAGAGUGAGUGGUUUACAAACUUCAGUUUCCUGGUGGAAAAGUCUGUCUCACAGUGAGAUAAAGACGUGAACAUGUGACGUAGAUAUCGUCGACUUAAAAUGAUGUCGAUAUUUUUGUGUCACAACCACCUUUAAAAAACCCUGAACUAUCCCUUUAGCAAAUGCAGCUGAAAAUAGAUCCUAAAAAUGCACCAAGGCAUUAAAAUCUGAUGGAUUUACAUCAGUUUGUCGUCAGAUUAUUUGCAGGAGCUGUUCAUAGUGUCAUGUAAUCCCCUGGUUUUGUCAGUAGGUGGUGGCAGAUAGCUGUGAAUUCACUUUAGAACAGAGUUGUGAGUGAGUGAGGCGCAAAAUGCUUCUGCUUCUCAUGAGUUAAAGAGUGAAUGGUCUUAAUCUCUAAUCUCUAAUCUCUUCUAUACACACAGGACGUCCAUUUUAGGGUUGAUGAAAGCAGGGGAAGCUUUGGGGGUGGGACUACGGUGUGAUUGACAGCGUUAAACCAGCUGUUUAAUCUGUUUAAAUGUAUAUAAGUGCAUGUGUGUGUUUAUUUUAUGUCUAACAUUAACAAUAAAGUCGCUUUAAAUCCCAUUUUUACUUAAAAUGAAA